AUGGGCUUCGUGUUCUUAUUGCUCGCGCUGCUAGCGCUCAGUACCUCCACCACCUCCGCGGUCGCGCUCGAGCUACCCUUCUCGAAAGGACCGCGGCCAGGGCAGAUUAAAAACUUGGUAACUUUUGGAGAUUCUUACACGGAUGUAGUGGUGACUGGCGACCACGGCAUCUCACGGCCAGUCUUUGCGGCACAAAAUGGGAACUUGGUACUCUUCCCGUUUGCGAGGGCUGGCGCGACAUGCUCCAAUAACAUCACGUUCCGCCCGUUCCCCUCGGUCUUCGGGACCCAACUACCUAUCUACUUCGCCGAGAAAGAGAACGGCACCCUCCACCUCAGACCGGACGAGACGAUAUACACACUUUGGAUCGGAACCAAUGACGUGGGUGCAAACUCAUUGAUCGUCGGGGAGGGUACGCCAGGGGCGACAGUGGUCAACACAACAGCCUGUGCUAUGAUUCCUCUGCAGAAGACUAUCCUCUACUCCGCAGAUUCCUACCCCAACACCUACUGGACAGCUGAAAGGAACACGUCCGAGUGGAACAUCUUCGUGACGGAGCUGACGCGCGCUGGUAACGCGCUCUCAAGAGCAUUGCUCGAACUCCUCGCUCCGACUCUGCCAGGCUUCCACAUAGGUAUGUGCGCCCGUGCCAAUGCUACUGAGGUGAAUCGACCGACUAUGCACACAGGCUACUUCGACUCUCAUACCUUCUUCGAGGACAUGCUUGCCAACCCAGGACAGUUCUGCCUAACAUCACCGGAGCCAUUCAAUUCCUGCGGUUACAAGCUGAAUGAGAACACUUCCGACACUGGCAACUGUACGACUGUCACCGGGCCUGCAGUCGACAGCUACUUCUGGUGUGUCAAUAUGAGCUCAGUGGUUGGGCCACGCACUUACCCAGUGCGCAGGUAUGACGAACUGCAUCCAUCCGAGCAGACCAAUAGGAAUGUGGGCAAAGCGAUUGCUGCGGCUAUCAGGAGGACGUCGGAACGAUACACGACGUGGAUUAGUUAAAUCUCAACGUAGUCGGCGAAGACGGAGGUCUGGACAUUUAAGGCAAUAUUAAUGGUGCUUUUGCUGCAUGUGCGAGCAUUUCUGUGCGUGGUGAAGCUGGUUGUUAAUGUGCGUCGGGAGCUUUGCCACUCAGCGGGUAUAUUGGAGGAUGUAGCAACGAAAAUUCAUAUCUAGAGGUCAUAUUGAGUACCUUGUUGGUAUUGUACAACUGUUCAGGCCGUUCAGGGCAUGACGAUGCGAGAUCGCGACGACGGUGUUGGGG